GUUUUGAAAAAUGUCUGAAGUUUAGUGAACUGCAUCUACGUUCUGCCUUUUCCCCAUCCUUUACAAAAGAAUAAAUGGGAUGUUUGAGAAGAGAGCUGUAUUAAAAGAAGAGUGUUACAAAUGGCUUCAGAAUCUAUGAAUGCAAAACAAGCUAGGAAUCGCUUCACAAAGGGGAAAAGGCAACAGCACCAGCAAAUAAAGAACAGAUCUUCACUUGGUGAUGGUGAUGGAGAAGACUCCUUUAUCUUUGAAGCAAAUGAAGCUUGGGAAGAUUUUCAUGGUUCUCUUCUUCAGUUUUAUGAAAAUGGAGAACUCUGUGAUAUCACAUUGAAGGUUGAACUGGUGGCUAGAGCUUGUUGUGAAUACAUGAAGUUAUAUUUUCAUCCCUCCAGUUGUCUGGCAGUAAGAGCCUUUGCAGAAAGUCACAAUCGUAUAGACUUAAUGGACAUGGCGGAUCAGUAUGCCUGUGAGCAUUUUCCUGAAGUGGUGGAGUGUGAAGACUUUGUUCGUUUGCCGCUGUGGCCAGUUGAUUUUCUUAUGGGUGCUGUGGCAAAAGAACAGAUUGUCAAACAAAACUUAAAAUGUAGAGAUUUAUUGGAUGAAGCAAGAAAUUACCACCUUCACUUGAGUAGCAGGGCAGUACCUGACUUUGAAUACUCCCUUCCGACUACCCCAAGGAAACAUACUGCUGGUGUGCUAUUUUGUGUAGGUGGUCGAGGUGGAUCAGGUGACCCCUUUUGCUGUAUCGAAUGCUAUUCUAUCAACAAAAACAGCUGGUUCUUUGGACCAGAAGUGAACAGUCGAAGGUGACAUGUGGGUGUAAUCUCAGUGGAAGGUAAAGUGUAUGCAGUGGGUGGACAUGAUGGAAAUGAACAUUUAGGUAGUAUGGAGAUGUUUGAUUGUCUCACUAUUAAAUGGAUGAUGACGGCAUCAGUGAACACAAAGAGGCGAGGAAUUGCCUUGGCCUCCUUGGGAGGCCCAAUUUAUGCAAUUGGAAGGUUAGAUGACAACACUUGCUUGAAUGAUGUUGAGAGAUAUGACAUAGAAUCUGAUCAGUGGAGUACAGUGGCACCAGUGAAUACUUCCCGUGGAGGAGUUGGCUCUGUGGCUCUUGUGAACCAUGUUUAUGCAGUAGGUGGCAAGGAUGGAGUAGCUUCCCUAUCUAGUGUGGAGAUGUGUGAUCCACAUCUCGAUAAAUGUUUAGAAGUUAAAGAAAUGGGUCAGCGAAGAGCAGGCAAUGGAGUUAGUGAGCUCCAUGGUUGCUUACAUGUUGUUGGUGGUUUUGAUGAUAAUUCUCCUCUGAGUUCAGUUGAACGGUAUGAUCCUCGAAGCAACAAGUGGGAUUAUGUAGCAGCCCUUACCACUCCCGGCGGUGGAGUGGGGAUCGCAACAGUGAUGGGCAAAAUCUUUGCAGUUGGUGGUCAUAAUGGCAAUGCAUACUUAAAUACAGUAGAUGCAUUUGAUCCAGUGCUGAAUAGGUGGGAGCUUGUUGGAUCUGUGUCUCACUGCAGAGCUGGAGUAGGUGUAGCUGUGUGUGCCUAACUAGGCAAAUUCGAGAUGUAGGUCGUGGAUCCAAUAAUGUGGUUGACUGUAUGUGACUUGAGUUCUAGCCACCAACAAUUUAAUCAUAUCUGAUAGGCAAGAAAGACUACCAGGAUUUUGUAAUG